AUGUCACCAAAUGACUCCUCUCCCAAGCGUCAUCAGAGCUGGCAGUUUGACAGACAGAAUCCUGGUUGUUGCGCCACACAGCUGAUGCUCGCCGGUUGGAUCAGUUGUCCGUAUGCCUUGGGGCGCUGCUUCAUCCUCACCGGCGGCUCUUUCUGCUUGAUUUUCUGUGCCGAGGGGCGUGCUGCGAGCCGCCAUAGACCUCAUUCCUGGUGGUAUCAGCAGUUUGUGUUCAUGGGGUUUCCAUGGUUUCUCCCUGUUCAUCUGUUCAUCUUCGUUCAGGUUGCACGGUCGUAG